ACCAACGGCAUCCUUCAUAUCAUCAGUCUUCAUUUCGACAUGAAGAGAUCUCCUUCUCUCCCUGGCUGGGUUAGAGUGGUAGGCUUGUUUCUGUGCUUGACCCGGACCGUCCAAGCCCUGGUCCUGAUUAAUUCCACCCAGCUGGAGUCCAUGCUGAACCAGUACAGGGACAAAGAUGACAAGUGGUGGAAGGCGAGGUCCAGAGGGAGGAGGGCCAUCAGCGAGGGGGACAUGCAUCUGAUCCUGGACCUGCACAACAAGCUGCGCGGUCAGGUGCACCCCCCCGCCUCCAACAUGGAGCACAUGCAAGUUUUUAAAAAAUCUCUGCAAAAUGUCCCUGAUCAGGUGAGAGAGCUGGAAAAUGAGGUAGAAAUGGAGCAGAAGAAGAGCAGUGAAGCAGUGAAGGGUGUCCGUAAAUAUGAGAGACGCAUCAAGGAGCUCACAUACCAGGUAAUGUCCCAGGACACAGACAAAUAUUUAAUUUAUUUUCAGACUGAGGAAGACCGUAAAAAUGUAGCACGUUUACAAGAUCUGGUUGACAAGCUACAGCUGAAAGUCAAAGCCUACAAGAGAGCUGCAGAAGAAAGUGAGGAACAGGCUAAUGUUAAUCUGGGCAAAUUCCGGAAGCUUCAACAUGAGCUGGACGAGGCUGAAGAGAGAGCUGACAUCGCUGAGUCUCAGGUCAACAAGCUGCGGGUCAAGAGCCGUGAUGCUGGCUCCAAGGUUAGAGACCCCUCUAGAUUUCAGCACAGCACUUAA